UUUCUAGUGGCCCAGGCUACUAACUCACCUCGUCUCGGUGAGUUGUGUAAUGUGUUCAUUUCGAUUUAACAAAGUAACACCAGAAUAAGCUUUGCUAAAUCCCUAAAACCCUAACGCGCCCACGAUUCUUUUUUAUUUUUUCCGCUUGAAAAAGAAUGGUUUGGUUUCAGUGUGAAGACUGUGGAGACAAUCUGAAGAAACCUAAAUUGGCAAACCACUUCCGAAUUUGUUCUGCUUUCAAGCUAUCUUGCAUUGAUUGUGGGGAGGUUUUUGGUCGUCAAGCUGUGGAAAGUCACACCCAAUGCAUUUCUGAAGCCGAGAAAUAUGGUCCAAAGGGCCAAGGAAAAGCUUCAAAUGGAGCUCCUGCCAAGCCCAGCAGUGAUUCAAAGCAGAGGCCUCAUGCAGACAUCAAUGUUGGAUUGUCAGACCGUCCACCUUGGUUUUGUAGUUUGUGUAAUACUAAUGCAACUAGCAAGCAGACUCUACUUCUCCAUGCUGAAGGUAAGAAACAUAGAGCAAGGACACGAGCUUUCCAUGCUGCUAAACAGCAGCCUAAGCAGACUGAACCAGCUGAUGGUGGUGUGGAGGUCUCAACUGAUGACAAUCAAAAGAGCGAGAUUCCUGAGAACAAAGCAGGUGAGGUAUUAAAGGAGGAAAACUCAAAAGAAGCAGAAAAUGAUAGUUCUCACUCAAAGAAGAAAAGAAAAGUCGGGGAAUCUGCAAAUGGUGGCGCCAAACUAUCUGCUGAAUUAUGUUACAGUGAAGUAAUCCAAGUUGAAAAAGAACAGGAAACAAAACAUAAUAAGAAAGCUAAAAAUGAAACUGUGAAACAAGAUAAAGCUAUUGUAUACGGGUCCAACGGAAACAACAGCAAGAAGAUGAUAAAGUGGAAAAAACUGAUCACAUCAGCUUUGAAAUCUAAUUCUGAUGGAGUUCUGAAGUUGAAGAAGCUUAAAAAGAUUGUUAAGAAAUCUGUGAAUGAGUCUGGCAUGGUAGAAGAUGAAAGCCAAGUGAGUGAUGUGAUUGAGUAUAAGAUAAAUUCAAGUUCUAAAUUCGUUGUUGAUGGCAAAUAUGUGCGAUUGGCAACCAAAAGUUCCAGAUGACUCAUUUCAGAUUCUUUACAAAUUUUACAACCAAUUUAUUGGGCAAACCUAUUGGGGAAAAAGAAUAUAAUCUAUAGCCGAAGUGCUAUAAAACAAGCUUCAUUUAUACCAUCAAACUUGACUUCAAUUUGAAGAAGUCUAUUCC